UAGUCGUUUUCGUUCAUUCUACUUCGAGCUCGUCUACUGCAAAGUAUACUUUAGAUUACUAUUCAAAUACGCAUAACAAUAUAAGAACACUGAACAAUUCACUUCUAUUGAUAAAAUCUGUCCGCUUAACGAAAAUAAUUAAAAUGGAUGAACUAUUUAAAAAUAGUAACACACAAAACAUGUUUGCACAUUUGGGAAACCGAGUUGGUAAUGAUUACGUACCAUCCAAGAAUUGUUUUAUAAUACUCAUGCAUAUCUACGAAAAAUUGAAUUCAUCGGAAGAAAGUGCAAUACAUCUCAGGCAGAUAAUUGGAUUCUCACAACUAUUAAGCAAACACCUCAUACCGAUGUUUAUUGCAGUUAAUAACGACAAUAUAAUUGACAUUUUGUUGAAGAUUCUUGUUAAUCUGAUAUCACCAAUUGAAUGUUUGAUGCUAGUUGAAAAAAAGGUUGGAGAAAAGGGCGAUAAUUCCACGUUACUUAGGAUGAAUUGGAUGAUGAUGACAAGUAAAGCUACAUGGACUGACUUAAAAGCCAUCAAACGGAUCAUGCAGAUUAUAAAGGAACACAUGAAAAAAUUGACUUGCUAUCAAGCGAGACAUAUCAACAAUCAAAGUAUAUCAUUUAUAAGCAAUUGUUUGCGUUUAAUAAAAAAUAUUCUUCACAUACCCAACGAACAGUAUCAAAACAGUCUAUUAUGGAUGAUAUUUUCUGAACAAUUUGACGAGAUUAUUAUUGCUUUGAUCGCCAAUUCUAACCGAGGACAUUGGGCAGUACUAAUCAUUGAACUAAUAGCUCUGAUUUUUAAGAAUCAACACGUUGACGAAAUGUCAAAGCAAAUUAUUAAAAUGAAUGAAACUAUAAGGUUUGAUAGUUCUGAAGACAAUGAAAGCAAUACAUCGUCAUUAUAUCCAAAGAACGGAAGAAGUUCAUCACCAGAAAAUGUAUCUGAAUUAUCAAACACAGAGGACAAUGAUAAUGAUAACAAUUUGAAUGCGAAUCAAAUGAUGGAGAAUCUACGUGAAAACGAUUUGAUGAACGGACAAGACAAUAGUUCUAAAGAAGUUGUAAAUACUGUAAAAGAUAAACUCGAAACUAAAACUAUACACAAAGAUCUUUCACUAUUGCCUGGGCACGAAUUAAAAGAAGAAGAUGAUGAAGAAAAAAAUAAUUCCAAAAACUCGAACAGAGAAUCCAGAAGAAAUUCAUUUGAACAGAUUAAACUUGAAUUUGAAAUGAAAGCGUACAAACCCACUUUUGCAAGUGACAUUUGUAGAAAAAAAGUAGUAUCGCGGAAAAAAAAAUACACGAAAAAAAUUCUUAAAACAAAAUUGAAAUUACCAAGUUUUCCAAUACAGUUCAAUUUGCCAAACGAGAAAUGCAUAAUAUCAUACUUUCUUCAAAAGUUUACUGUUUGUUUUUUACAAAAUGGAUUCAAUACUUUAGUCGACGAACUUCAUUGCUUGCUUACGUCUAAUUCACAGCAACACAUAGAUACUUCGCUUUAUUUCUGGUUAUUGACAUACUUUUGUAGAUUUUGCAAGUUGUGCAACAUCGAAUUGAAAUUAGUCAGACGAGUUGUAUCCCUCAAACUGAUUUCAUUUAUCGUACACGAGGGUCUUAAAAUAUCGGAACAAUUAACUAUAGCGAAACGACAAAAAUCUCCAAAUAUUCAUUUAAAAGUCAGACAUUUGCAUUUGUCUAUCAUGGCCAUUAAAGAGGUGAUAAAAACUAUUGAGUUUUAUCGUCAAACUGCUGUCGAUUCACCAAUCUAUACAGAUCUAUUAAAAGAUUUUCAGAAUUCGGGUAGCAGCUCGCCGGAAUCGAUCACUUGGGCAAAAGACCUCAAGUCUCUAUUCACAUUGCUAAUUCGUUACUACGAUAGUGACAUACAGAUCAUUGAAUACUUGCAUGAUUUAAUAAUUACAAAUCAUAUGGUAUUGUCAUUGUUUGAUACCCUUAAAGAUUGUCGGAGUUUGAAUGACAAUAUUAAUGCGUACAUCAAGAAGUUUGCUGUUCCUGACAUAAUGCACAAGUAUGGCAUAGUGCUACAAAACUACGAAAAAAAUAGCGAAAUAGUCAACGAAUCUGUAUUCACUAUGAUGCAUCAUAUCAGCAAAAUUGAAAAUAGUACAGCGCUCUAUCAACCGAUCAUUUUGAAAACAUUUUUGAAAAUGUUCGAAAACAAUGAUUUUCAGUACAAAAGGUGGUCUGAUUUGAUUGAAAAUGUUUUAAACAAGUUUCUAAAAUCUACCUCACACAAAGACCUGUUCUGAAAACGCUCUUCAUGGAAUUCCGUGUACCUAUCUACGAUCGAACUUCGAAAUUUAAACACUGAAUUAAUAAAAGUAAAAUUAAUUUCUCGAAACUACAAACACGUAGGUACCUAUGUCAUACAAAAAAAUACCAAAAGAACUUUUUCAUUAUAAUACGCAUAUUUGUUAUUUUUAAAAUUAUAUAAUAAAUGUGUGUUUAA